UACUAUACUAUUUGUGAUCUUUUUAACCCGUGCUUCUAAAUAACAAUACAGUGUUAUUUUCCAUUUUAAAUAUGGAAUAACUAAAAAGAAAAAAGAAAUAAGCAGUACGUUUGCAAAAGCUAUCAAAGUAGGAUAGAGAACCUUAUCCUAGCGCCAACCACACAAUCCUCUUAGACUCUCAACCCUUCCAAACAACCCACACUGCCUUCUUCCUCACUAGAGCCAUAACCAUGACAACUCUCCGCUUCACCACACCAUCAUUCCUCACUCUCACAAACCAACCACAACCACACCCAAAACCCGCGAAACAAAUCACUUCAUACACCCUAUCAUCCCAACCUUCUCGACGACAACAAUCUCUCUUUUGUACCGCAUACAAAGUGGUAGUAGAGCACGAAGGUCAAUCCACGGAACUAGAAGUCGAACCCGACGAGAGCAUCCUUUCGAAGGCGCUCGAUAGCGGGCUAGACAUCCCGCACGACUGCAAACUCGGGGUUUGCAUGACAUGCCCUGCUAAGCUUAUAAGUGGAAAAGUUGAUCAAAGUGAAGGAAUGCUUAGUGAUGAUGUUAUUGAACGUGGGUUUGCACUUUUGUGUGUUGCUUACCCACGAUCAGAUUGUAGUAUUAAAACUAUUCCUGAAGAAGAGUUGUUGUCUCUUCAAUUAGCUACUGCUAAUGACUAAUUUCAUUUUGAAUUUUGUGUCAUUAGCUUUGCAGAAUUAUUAUAUUACAGUUUUUGUACUUUAAUUAUUAAGUUAUAGGAAGAUCUUAAUUAUUACACUCACUUGGUUUAA